AUGGCUUUAGAUUCUCAAAUCGGGAUAAUUGUUUUUAGAACCUUUCGGUUUGGUAUCUUCUCAGAACAUUUGAAUAAUAGUCGCCUAAAAGCUACGUUUCCUCUUUUUCAGAGACAUAUCACACGAAGAUAUACCACACCAGUGGUAUCAUUUUACGAUGAUAAAGUUACCAAG